AUGUUUGGAUGCGGUAUCUACGGCGAAGAAUAUUAUGACCUAGAGAACACGGACGAUCAUAUAAAGUACUAUAAUCAUUGGUACAAGUGCCAGACCUGUGAUCGCCAUUCCCGGAACAAUCGUGCUGGCAUCCAGCAUAUGAAUGCGGUAGAUCACUGGGCCCCUACCUACGAUUGCGAGACUCGUCCCAAAGAAUUCCGGUCCUGGCACGCGGCGUGCCAGCACAUGAGCUCCACGAAUUAUUGGCGGCCGAAGGAGACAUUCAACAACGAAAAUCACCUGAAAAUGCAUCUCAAGUCGAAGAUCCAUCGGGGUUCGAGCCUAUCCUGCCUCUUCUGCAACACCAGUUAUACCACUGCCACCGGAAUGGCUCACCACCUGGAGACCGAAUCCUGUUCCCGAGUUCCCAGGAUGAAUCGCGAGACAAUCCAUCGCAUGAUCCGCGAGCAGGACCAGAACGGUUUCAUCACCGUCCAGCAGUUCGAAUGGCACGAGAGCGAGUGCUACCUGUGCCACCGGUGGUUCCGCGCUUUGUCCGGAUUAAACCAACAUCUCAAUUCGCCCGUUCACAAGCAAAAGGCGUACCACUGUCCAGAUCGGAGGGACAGGUGUAUAAAGGACUUUAUUCAACAGGUACAUGGUGUUUUCCAGGGAGGGAAUCUCCUUGCUUUCUAG